GAGGCCAGGGAGGUGGGACGUCUUCCCGCACGGGGGCGCUGUCACCUGCCCAGGGGAGGAGCCAGAGAGGAACCUGGGUUUCUAGUCUCCAGGCACUGACGCAGAACCCAUCCUGACCAUGAAGGGUGCCAAAGGCAUUGAGAACCCGGCUUUCGUCCCCUCCAGCCCAGACACCCCGCGUCACUUGUCCGCAUCGCCCUCCCAGGUCGAAGUCUCUGCCUUCUCCUCCGACACCCAGAGAGAGCAGCCUCAGGAACCCCAGAAGUCGCCGGAGCCCCAGGAACCACCUCUGCCUUCAGCAACUCUUCCUGCCCCCCAUGAGCUUCCAGGGCCACAGUCACUGUCUGAGUCCGAGGAGGGUCCUUGUGGAUGGAGGACCUUCCACCCGCGGUGUCUCCAGCGCUGCAACACGCCGCAAGGCUAUCUGCUUCACUACUGCCUCUUGGCCCUCACGCAAGGCAUUGUAGUGAAUGGCCUGGUAAAUGUUAGCAUCUCCACUAUUGAGAAGCGCUAUGAAAUGAAGAGCUCCCUGACGGGCCUGAUCUCCUCCAGCUAUGAUAUCUCCUUCUGCGUGCUGUCUUUAUUUGUAUCGUUCUUUGGAGAGAGAGGCCAUAAGCCGAGGUGGCUUGCCUUCGCUUCCUUUAUGAUAGGACUGGGAGCACUUGUAUUUUCAUUGCCGCAGUUUUUCAGUGGAAAAUAUCAGUUGGGAUCCCUUUUUGAAGACACUUGCUCAGCAUCAAGGAAUAGCACCAGCUGUACGUCUUCGACAUCUUUACUCUCUAACUACUUGUAUGUCUUCAUCUUGGGACAGCUAUUGCUGGGAGUCGGAGGGACGCCCCUCUACACCCUGGGCACGGCCUUUAUUGAUGAGUCGGUACCCAUACACAAAUCCUCUCUCUAUAUAGGAAUUGGCUAUUCCAUGUCGAUCUUGGGCCCUGCUGUUGGCUAUGUGCUGGGAGGACGGCUGCUGACCAUGUACAUUGAUGUCGCUAUGGGACACAGCACUGACAUCACUGAGGACGACCCCCGAUGGCUGGGGGCUUGGUGGAUUGGAUUUCUUAUAGUUUGGCUCUUCGCUUGGUCUUUGAUCAUACCUUUUUCUUGCUUUCCGAAACGUUUACCAGGUACAGCAAAAAUUCAAGCUGCUAAAACGUCCCAGGCUCAUCAGAACAAGAGUAGUUUCUUAUACCAUGCUGAUGAGAAUUUUGGGAAAAGUAUCAAAGAUUUUCCAACUGCUCUAAAGAGUUUGAUGAAGAAUACUGUCCUUAUGUGUUUAGUUCUAUCAACUUCUUCAGAAGCCUUAAUUACUACUGGAUUUGCUGCCUUUUUACCUAAGUUUAUAGAAAAUCAAUUUGGAUUGACAUCCAGCUUUGCAGCUACACUUGGAGGGGCGGUUUUAAUCCCUGGAGCUGCUCUGGGUCAGAUUUUGGGUGGUUUCUUUGUUUCAAAAUUCAAAAUGACAUGUAAAAAGACCAUGAAGUUUGCCUUGCUCACGUCCGGAGCUGCCCUUGCGCUGAGUUUUGUGUUUAUCUACGCCAACUGUGAAAACGAGUCAUUUGCUGGUGUGUCUGAGCCAUACAAUGGGACAGGCAACCUGGGGAACCUGACAGCCCCUUGCAAUGCCAAUUGUAACUGUUUGCAAUCAUAUUAUUAUCCUGUCUGUGGAGAAGAUGGAGUUCAAUAUUUUUCUCCCUGCUUUGCAGGUUGUUUAAACUCUGUUUCAAAAACUACACCAAAGAUAUAUUACAACUGUUCCUGUAUUGAAAGGAAAGCAGAAAUAACAUCGAUUCCAGAAAGUUUUGGAUUUGAAGCUAAAGCUGGAAAGUGUAAAACUCAAUGUGCAAAGUUACCUGUAUUUCUUAGCAUUUUCCUUCUCACAGUCAUUUUCACAUUUAUGGCUGCUACUCCUAUAACUGUGUCCAUCCUAAGGUGUGUCAAUCAGAAGGAACGGUCUCUAGCAUUGGGAAUGCAAUUUAUGAUGCUUCGAGUAUUAGGCACAAUUCCAGGACCGAUUAUAUUUGGCAUCAUAAUAGACAGCACUUGUGUUCUCUGGGAUACCGAUCAAUGUGGAACUAAAGGGGCCUGUUGGGUUUAUGAUAACAUCAAGAUGGCGCAUAUGCUGGUAGCCAUAAGUGUUACUUGUAAGAUUAUCACCAUUUUAUUCAAUGGCUCUGCCGUCUUUUUGUAUAAACCACCACCAUCUGGUGAAGAUGUGUCAUUCCAAAAUCAGAAUGCAGUUGUGACUACUGUUUCAGCCACACAGGAUCUUGACAAAGCAGGGAAUGAAGAGUAAAAGAGAAAAAGAGACUGUCUUAUACUUGGAAAGUUGACUUCUAUUUCUAAGAAGACACAUUCCCAUGGCAGCAUUAUCUACCUAAUGUGAAUAGUCAUAUUUUUAAAAUAUGAUAGUUUAUAAAAGAAUAUGACUUUUGUAUAUCUAUGGACUCCUUAUUCAUUUUUUUUUAAGUGGAAGAAGCAGAUGUGCCUUCAAAGCCACCAAAAGAACCUCAACACACACAUGCGCACACACACACACACACACACACACACACACUGAUUUUCAUUGUCCAGGUAGAGAAUCCCCAACUAAUAACUAGAAAAAAGCCAGUGAUUAGAUACAGUGAUUCUACCCCUUCCACAACUUGUUUCAUUUUAAUUUUCAUUGCCAACACAUCAUUCUUAUUUGGGACAUUUAUGGCAUAGAAGUUUAAAUGCAUUACAUUUAUAUGCUGAUUUCCAGAAAUUAUUGAAAGUCCAUGAAUUUAACAAAAAACUAAUUUUAUAAUGUAGUUUAUUUUUAAGUUUACAUAUUCUGGUCUGACUUUUUACUUAUCACAGCAAGUUAUUAGAACUUUAUAGCCCAUUAGAACAUAUGUUCUAAUUUGUAGAACCUAAACUCUAUAUUAGAAUGCAGGUUGGUAAUCUUUGUAUCCCAGUUUCUAAUACUGGAUCAUCAGAAAAGUCACAAUGUGUUUGUCUAUGCAAAAAUGCAUCAUAACCUUCCCAAGAACCCAAUAAAUAUGGAAAUCACCAUUGUAUACACAUAUGUUUACUUUAACUCCAUUUCAGGAGGUAAUUGGUCGAUACUGCUGAGUUUUAUCACUUUUGUGACUCUACGAUGGUAUUAUUCAUGUACGUAUAUUCCAGAGUAAAUACCCGGUUCAGUAAAGAAAGGUGCCAAUUAGACAUGAAGAGAUUUCUUAAUGAACUAUUAUUGAUCAAUAUUUAUGUACUGAAUACUUUAAAAUCCAAUUAUCUAGUACCUCACUUGUCAUGUGAAAUAGUUUGCAUACAGUAGAUAUUUAUUGCUGUUAUUUGAUUAAAAUAUCAACCCCUGUUCUAUUUU